AUGAGCAUAAAUGAUUCUUUAGAUAAAGAAAGUUGUGAAUAUAAAAAUUUUAAAAAGCACAACAGAAAUCAAUACGAUAAUAAUGUUAUUGAUGAUGAUGAUAAAGAAUGUCGUCUUGAAUUUUUAAUGAACGAUUUCGAUGAAAUUUAUAAUCUGAAAAAUCCAAUCAAAGACAGCCUCAAAAGUCAACAUACCAUUUCUAGAGAUAAUGAUGAGUUACGACCAGGUAAAGAAAAUGGAAAAGUUACUACUGCAAAUAAUAACAAAUAUGAUAAAGAUGAUACUAAUUAUAACAAAGGAUAUAACAAUAAUAAUAAACGACAGAAAUUUGAUGACAGCAACAAUGAUGAUGAUGUUGAAAAAAAGGAAUUGACCGGGAAUAAAAAUCAAAUUGAAACUGAACUUUAUAUUAAUAUGGAUCAGUGUCACAAAGAUUUGUCAAAUAAUAAAAGAGACACUAACAGAUAUUUUGUGCACAACGGAUAUGAUGAUACUUAUAACAAUUCAAUAAUCACAAAAUCAAAAUUUUCAAGAAAAAAUCAAUCCAGUCCAUGUCUAUCUCCAAAGUUCUUAGCACUUAAUAUAAUACUCGGAAAUAAUAGCAGAUAUUUUGAAAUGGAAGUAGAGGAGUGUGACGGGUUUGUAUUACAUGAAGUCAUAUGGGAUAGAUUUCACAAAAUCACGGAUGAGUCAGAAUUUUAUGAGCUUGUAAAAUUUAUUAUAGAUUGUUCUUUGAAUUGUUGGAUGAAUGGAUUUGGAAUCAUCGUGAUUUUGAAUGCGAAUUGUGAUGAAAUGAGAAUGAAUCUUUUAACCAAAUUUAUAAAAUGCAUUCGUAGCUUUUGUGAUAUUCAAAUAAUAGAUAUCAUUGUGAUAAGUGAAGUUGCUGAAUCAAACAUAUAUGUGCUUCGAGAGGCUGGAGCUACGUUAUUAGUGACUCAUAGAGAGAGUAUGAAGAAAUCUUUUAUUUUUCUUAUGGAUCAUUUAUAUAAAUAUUAUAGUAGACCAGGAAAAGGAAUAGUAAAAUUUUAUAAUAGAGAUGAACCUUAUUAUGAAUUUACUAAUUUUUAUAGUCCAAAAAACAACAUAUUAAUAGAAGAUGUAUAUUGGCAAACUACUGAACAUUAUUUUCAAGCGGCUAAAUUUAAAGAUCCAUUAAUUCGUCUAAAAAUUCAAUAUGCAAAAUCAGCAAGAGAAGCAUUUACUAUUGCUAGAUCAUAUGAUCUAGAGAAAAGAGUAGAUUGGGAAUUGGUAUUGACAGAAGAAAGGACAAUACUCAAAGAGUUAAUUAUGAAAAAUGCAUUAAAGAGUAAAUUUGAACAAUUUCCCAACUUACAAUUUAAAUUACUUUCUACGUGUGAUGCUGAAAUAAUAGAACAUACACAAAAUGAUAGAUACUGGGGAGAUGGUGGGAAUGGCGAAGGGUUGAAUAGAUUAGGUCAACUAUUAAAAGAAGUCAGGACGGAGAUUUUUCAAACUGAGCGUAACAGAUUAAUUCUUGAAAAUGGAUUAGGAGGAGGCCGGGAUCAAGGCCAAAGAUGGAUUAUACAUCAUCUACAAUGUUUAAACCAUUUGAGCUUUGAUGACUCGGAAAUUAUUCAAGAAGUCAGCAAAUCAUUGUCAGCUUCUUUAUUCACCGAGCCUUUAAACAUUAACAUCGGAAAUCCUUGGGAUCCCCCCUCUUCAAUAAAUGGAAUUGAUGUUUCCAAUAUUUUAUCCAAUGUUUCUUUGCCUGAAAUAUAUGCAACAGCAUUUGCACUUACUUCUACAAAUGGUGGGUCGGUUUCUGUUUCAGCAUUAAACAAAGUUUUAAGCAUUAGUGCAGCACCUGUUAAUAGUACUCGCCUCAACAGAGGAGAAUUCAAUGUGGCGCUUGCACUUGUAGCUUUAGCACAAAAAAAUAUGGACGUUUCAAUUGAUAACCUGAUUGAGAGAAAACAUGAUCUUCCUGAACCAAUUCUUACAAAUAUGGAAAGUAUCAACUUUAAUCGCAAUCUAAGUUUCUCCACUAUCACAUCUCGUCCAUCAUCAAUUCCAGUUCUUCAGGAUGAUGACCCUUGGGCUAUUUCAUCAGCAACAAAUGGUAUUGACAUUAUAACAUCACCAUCAUCAACAUCUGCUGCAAUAGCAAUAUCAGGAGGAACUUCUUCAACAUUUCCGCCAAACAUAUCAAAUACAACAAUACCACGAUUUCCAAAUGAUGGUAGUGGCACAAGUACCAUUUUACCAAAUAUUAAUAGGACUUUGAUACUAGAUGAUAGUGAAUCUCAUUGGUUUCAAAAUGCGGAUAAAAUUAAAGUAAUGUUCGCUCCUGAACGUGAAGGUUUUCUAUUCAAACAUAUUAAUUACAUUGUUGAAUCACAGCGAGAAAGUAAAGUUAUAAGAAGAUAUAGUGACUUUUGGUGGCUGAUGGAAUGUUUAGUGAAAAGAUAUCCAUUCAGAAUUUUACCUGCUCUGCCACCCAAAAAAAUAGGAGUUAAUGGAUUUUAUUUCACAUAUGAUGAAACAUUUUUGGAGAAACGGCGAAAAGGUUUAGCAAGAUUUUUGAAUUUUAUUGCAAGGCAUCCAGUUUUAAAGAGUGAUGAUUUGGUGGAAAUGUUUUUAACCGAACAAACUGAAAUAGCAAUAUGGCGUAGGAAUAAUACACCAGAUUUGGAUGAAGAGUUUUUAAAAAAAGAAAUUUCACCACAAAUGGAACAACGCAUACCUAAAGAUUUGAAUGCAAGAUUAGAAAUUGUAUAUAAUAAUUUGGAUCGAUCUAUCGAACAUUACGCAAAUAUGUGUAAUUUCAUGGAACGUAUUGCUCAUCGUCAGGAAGGCACAGCGUCUGAUUAUACACGUUAUAGUUUGGCUUUAAAUUCGUUGAUUGAAAACGGGAAAGAUUGUUAUACGGAAAAUUGUUAUAAUUGUUCACAGAUGAUGAAUGGUUUAGAACAAAUAUCAAAUCAUUUUCAAAAUGCAAGUACCAUAAUGGAAGAUGCUGAUAUGUUUGAGAGAAGGGAUAGAUUAACAAUUGACACUGUUGAAACUCUUAAUAGUAGGAUAGCAAUAAAUCAAGCAAAACUUAGACCAUUAUCAGGCAAAGAAUCAUCAGACCCAGAGGUGGAGAAAUUAGCAUCUGCGAUCCAAAAGGAUGAAGAUGAUAUUAAAAUUCAACUUGGAAAACAAAUUUUUGUACGAUAUUGUAUGUAUUCAGAACUUAAUCUGUUUCAUGAAAGCUCAGCCUUCAUCUCACUUCUAUAUCAAAAAUUUAUAAAUGAACAAAUGAAAUACACUCAACAACUUUAUAAAAAUUGGGAUGUAUUAAAUCCCAAAGUUCGUGAGAUGCCAAUUGAAACAAACGGAUUUGGUUAA